AGCCCCCCUGCUGUCGGACAUCGUCGACGCCACAACUUUCGGUCGUACAGCCUACUUCCGAGGAUUGAUUGACGCAAGAGGGCCCCGUCAAUAUGUCGGUGGCCAGCAGAAAUCCCUUUGCCCUUCUCGAUGAGGAGUCCUCUCGACCUGGGACUCCAGCGGCUGCCGCAGCGAAGCCCAAGGAGGAGGCCCCAGCGGCUGCCGCUCCGGCAAAGGCCCAGAAACCGAAGGCUGGGCCUGCGUCUCGGGGAGGCCGAUAUUACCAGAGAGGCAGAGGUGGCAGAACCAACGGUGCUCGGGAUGAAAACCAGGCCCCGGAGGACGAUGCUGCCUCUCCCGCUGAGGGUGGUCAAAGGAGAUUUGACGGCGAAGGUCGCGGCCGUGGCAGGGGUCGUGGACGUGGCGGUCAGCGCGGCGGACGCGGGCGCGCCUACGAUAGACACAGUGGCACCGGCAAGACCGAUUCGGACAAGAAGAUACACCAGGGCUGGGGCGGUGACGAGGGCACCACCGAGCUCCAGGCUGAGGUGCAGGGCGCCACUGACGCUGUAGUUGACACGAACAACGAUUGGGCCGGCACUGCUCCGAGCAACGAUUGGGCUGGAGGCGACAAUUCCGCUAGUGCUUGGGACGCUCCGGCAGCUGAAGCUGGCGAGGCCGCUCCUGCUGCUGCGGAAGAGAAGUCCGGGGAUAGGCCCCCUCGCAGGGACCGGGACAGGGAAGAGGAGGAAGAUAACACUCUCACCUUGGACCAGUACCUCGCCAAGAAGAAGGAAGAGGCCGCUGGUGUCGUACCUAAGCUGGAGACUCGUAAGGCUAACGAGGGAGAUGAUUCCAUCUGGAAGGAUGCAGUCCCUCUGAAGAAGAAUGAGGACGAGGAGGCGUACUUUGCCGGCAAGACCAAGUCCAAUGCUCCGAAGGCGAAGCCCAAGAAGGAGGAGAAGGUUUACCUCGAGAUCGAUGCUCGCUUCGAGCGCCCUCAGAGGGGUGGCCGCGGUCGUGGAGGGGACAGGGGCGACAGAGGCAGCCGUGGUGGUCGUGGACGAGGCGGCGCCAGGGGCCGUGCUAAUGGACCCAGUGCUCCGGUUGUCAACGUCGACGACGAGACGGCUUUCCCUGCCUUGGCAUGAGGGAGCCUCACAGGGCAAACUGCUCCAGGCACUACGAGUGCCAUGCAAAAUAUCUGGUCAAGAACAGCCGAACACACCUGCGCAUAACGUGAUGCUUGUUUUCUUUUCUCGCUCUUUGUUGUCUUCUUUUCUGUCUCCGCGCCUGCUUGUGUCUUGCCUACAUACUCAUCUCAUGCACUAACGUCCUCCGUCUAAGCUCAAUGAUAUGAAGAUAUGCUACGUUCCUCUGGGCAUGAGAAGUAAUUUGUAGCAUAAUGGGUGAAUUCUCUGUGAGGCUUGGAUCCUCUUAUGUUUGUAUAAUCGCCCUGGUGUAUGGUGUGAUUGCGCAAGUUUG